CAAAGUCGCGCCUUUUAAUUGUGCCCCUCGCCUCUCGCCGACCGGAGCGCACAUGUCGUCAGGCGUGCCCAAGCUAUGAACGGCGGCUAUGGAGAGGAUGGCCGCGGGCUUGCAUCCCGCUCGAGCUCGAGCUACGACACGCCUGGGCCGAGUCAGAUCCAAGCCUAUGCGAAGCUACAAUUCGAGGCUUCUGAUUUCUACAUCAAGAAGCUCUCCGUCACGAUUGGACGCCGUACUGGCCUCCUCAGGCCGCCCGUGAGUCACUCAAGCUGGUCAAUUCCACCCUCGAGAGCUUUAGCGGACCAGAACGGGCUCAGGCCGGAGCUGCUCUCGCCAACGUUGAGACCAACCUCUGCGACUCGUUCGACUUCGCCUGGCUUGGAGGCCGAAGCCGAGGUAGCACCUCGCUAUGCUGCUGUACUGGGCCGACCGAGACUAUCGAAUGCGGCAAGUCCGCCUGCCAACGGAGACGCCCGACCUGCUGUAGCAGCUCCAGAGGACGAUGAAGAGCCAGCGGAUGUGGAUCUGGGCGCGAUCAAGGCCGUCUCACGUUGCCACGCCAGGAUAUUCUAUCAGCAUGCGACACGUGCCUGGCAGCUUGAAGUCCAGGGCCGGAACGGUGUCGUGAUUGAUAGCCGCUGGACAUCUCGUGGCGAGAUCGUCACUCUCAGAUCAGGGUCCAAGAUACAGAUAGCAGAGCGCAUAUUUCACUUCCUCUUACCCAACGCGGGUAGCGCUGAUCGCCCCGGAAGCUCGGACCUCGCGACACGGCAGAGCCCUCUGGUCGCAGAUGAGAUCGAUGGAAGCGACUUCUCGGACCACAGCGAUGAGGACAUGUCGGCUGCCAGCUCGCUCUCCGAGCCUGAGGAUCUCGUGCAACGCUCGCGUACCGGCUCGCACUCUCGGUCGCUUUCGAUAGAUGCUGGAAGCUCAGAGCGCGCAUUGAGCGAGGAAUCCGAAUCGCGCGCAAAGAGCAAGAUCAGACUGGUCGUCUCCGACACAACACACCCGAAGCUUGCAAAGCAGUCGAAGCGGCUGACGAAGAAGCAAGUUGCAGCAUCAGCUGUGGCCGAGCGGCGAAAGGCACGCAAAGAGCAAGCUGCCGAGAAGCGGAAAACCAAGGGCAAAGGCAAAGCGAAAGCGAAAGAAGAGGAAGAUGCUCGAUCAGAGAGGUCUGCUUCUGCCAGUGUUGCGCCUUCUACAGCCACCAAGGUCGCGCCCAACGGCAGUUCACUUGCGCCAACGCCGAAUCCGUUCAUCGGCAAGCCCGAGAAGCCUCAAUAUACCCUCGCAACACUUGGCGCUCAAGCAAUACAUGCUAGCAAGACCAGUACACUCACCCUGCCGGACAUACACGCAUGGAUCUGCAAGUCAUACCCCUUUUACGCGUCAGCAUCGGCGCCAAGCUGGCAUCCUGAGCUUUCGCAAGCGCUCGAUAGUCUGAGAGCGUUUGUCAAAUUGCCAGCGACAGGUCAUGUCCCCGCUACGUAUGCGCUCGAAGCUGCACAUGCAAAGAUAUUUGAUGGCACGGUCUUUCGCACUUCAGUCAGCUCGCUUGCUCUUGCUAUUGUCAUCGGCUUGCCACCGACGAGCUACGUCAGGCCGGCAAGCAGCAUUCCGCAGAAGGAAGAUCCUCUUGAUCGCUUCUUGUCGUCUCAUCAGCCUGUCGUCCUGCAUGACAAUAAGCUCUACCUGGCGCCUUCUUUCUUCUCGCGGAUGACGAAGGUGCAGCUAGAGCAUUUGCAGGGACUGCAACCUCAGGCGCUACUACGAGUACUCCAAGCCUGGCUAAAGCAGCAUCUCGAGCAGCGCAUCGAGGUGCUGGCGCAGCAGGGAGCCCCGCAGCCAGAAGCAGUCGCCACGGAACAGGGCCCGAUCAUCAUUGAUGGCGAUGAUUGAAUGAGUAUGUGCAUUAUCGUGUUGUUCAUACAACGUAGUCGUUCAGACUUGCGAAAGCGGGACCGGCCCGCUGAUGUUGAGUUUGCGCGUCGAGUGAGAAUGCUCAGAUGUCGCAAACUUGUCAAGUUUGCCGUCGGUAUCGUCAAACGUG